UAACGUCUGAACGCGUCUAGGUGGUGCUUUAAGAAAACUGACAAAUAGUUGCCAGGAUGUUUCUCCGAUUACUGUCAGAUGUCCGGUGGCGGGCAGCUAACCCGAAAUGGAGAAGAAUGACCUGCUCCCGGCGAAGUACCUCAAGUACAGCAGAACCUCACCCGGUUUCCUUGCCAGCACAGGCGCAGGUUGUCAUCUGUGGUGGUGGAAUCAUGGGCACCUCCGUGGCAUAUCACCUUUCCAAGAUGGGCUGGAAGGAUAUAGUCUUACUUGAGCAGGGCAGGUUGGCUGCUGGUACCACUCGCUUCUGUGCUGGCAUCGUGAGCACAGCCAGGCACGUGUCCGUGGAGCUGAAGAUGGCAGACUAUUCAAACAAGCUCUACCAGCAGCUGGAACAAGAGACAGGCGUCAAAACAGGGUACAUGAAGACAGGCUCUAUUUCACUGGCUCAGACUCAGGAUCGACUAAUCUCUCUGAAACGCAUUGCUUCAUCGCUGAAUGUAAUGGGGAUACCUUGUGAAAUUAUCACCCCAAAGCAAGUGGCACAGCUCCACCCACUGAUCAACAUCCACGACCUUGUGGGGGCCAUGUAUGUGCCAGAAGAUGCGCUCGUGUCAUCUGCCAAUGUGAGUCUGGCUCUGGCAACCGCUGCCUCAUGGAAUGGUGUCCAGAUUCAUGAACGGACGAGUGUCAGUCAUGUCUUAGUCCAGAAGGGUCGUGUGACUGGAGUUGAGACCGACAGAGGACAGAUUCAAUGCCAGUACUUCGUCAACUGUGCUGGCCAGUGGGCCUAUGAGUUGGGCCACUCUGGGGAGGAGCCAGUCAAUAUCCCACUCCAUGCCUGUGAACACUUCUACCUCCUGACACAUCCUUUGAAGGAACCUCUGGCAAGCAACUUACCAACUAUUGUAGACCCAGACGGCAGGAUCUACAUACGCAACUGGCAAGGUGGCAUCCUCUCGGGAGGCUUUGAGAAAAACCCCAAACCUCUCUUCACGGAGGGACGGAACCAGCUGGAGAUUCAGAACCUUCAAGAAGACUGGGAUCAUUUUGAGCCACUUCUGAGUGCCCUUCUGCGCCGGAUGCCGGAUUUGGAGGCUCUGCAGAUCAUGCAGUUAGUGAACUGCCCAGAGUCCUUCACACCAGAUAUGCGGUGCAUCAUGGGAGAGUCGCCCACCGUGCGGGGCUACUUCGUUCUGGCCGGCAUGAACUCAGCUGGUAUCUCAUAUGGUGGGGGAGCAGGCAAGUACCUGGCCGAGUGGAUGGUAAAUGGGUAUCCGUCAGAAAACGUCUGGCCUCUGGAUUUGAAACGUUUUGGUACCCUUCAGAGCAGUCGUACUUUCCUCCGUCACCGUGUGAUGGAAGUAAUGCCCCUCAUGUGUGAUCUGAAGGUUCCCCGUUGGGACUUCCAGACUGGCAGGCAGCUGCGUACUUCACCGUUGUACGACCGUCUGGAUGCACAGGGAGCUAGGUGGAUGGAGAAGCACGGGUUUGAGAGAGUCAAGUAUUUUGUCCCACCUGGGAAAGACCUGCUGGAUUUGGAUCAGAGCAAAACCUUUUACAAACCAGACUGGUUUGAUAUUGUGGGCUCCGAAGUCAAGUGCUGUAAGGAGGCGGUUUGUGUCAUUGACAUGUCAUCUUUUACCAAGUUUGAAAUAAGCUCCACAGGAGACCAGGCCCUGGAGAGUCUGCAGUAUCUCUUCUCAAAUGACCUGGAUGUGCCGGUUGGGCACGUUGUGCAUACAGGCAUGCUUAAUGAGAAAGGAGGUUAUGAGAACGACUGCAGCAUAGCGCGGUUGAGCAAACGCAGCUUCUUCAUGAUUUCCCCUACUGACCAACAAGUCCAUUGCUGGGCCUGGCUGAAGAACCGCUUGCCUGAUGACAGCAACCUGACCAUGGAGGAUGUGACCUGGAAGUACACGGCUCUCAAUCUGAUCGGCCCUCGUGCUGUGGAUGUCUUGUCAGAGUUGUCAUAUGCUCCGAUAACUCCAGAACACUUUCCCUCUCUCUUCUGCAAGGAGAUGAGCGUGGGCUAUGCUAAUGGCAUCCGUGUGAUGAGUAUCACUCACACAGGAGAACCUGGAUUCAUGCUUUAUAUCCCCAUAGAGUACGCCCUUCACGUGUACAACGAGGUGAUGAACAUGGGGCAGAAGUACGGGAUUCGGAACGCCGGUUAUUAUGCGCUCCGCAGCCUGCGCAUUGAGAAGUUCUUUGCGUUCUGGGGCCAGGAUCUGGAUGCCUUUACCACUCCUAUGGAGUGUGGACGCGAGUUCCAGGUCAAGCUGGAAAAGGGAAUGCAGUUUGUUGGCCAGGAAGCGCUGUUGGAACAGAAGCAGAACGGUGUGUACAAGCGCUUCACCAUGUUCAUCCUUGAGGACCAUGACACAGAUAUGGACCUCUGGCCCUGGUGGGGGGAGCCCAUUUUCCGCAACGGCCGCUAUGUGGGCAAGACCACCAGCAGUGCCUACAGCUACACUCUGGAGCGCCACGUCUGCCUUGGCUUUGUGCAGCACUUUGACGAGAAGACGGGAGAAGAGCUGGUGGUGACAACUGACUUCAUCAACCAGGGCGAGUAUGAGAUCGACAUUGCUGGGCAGCGCUUCCAGGCCAAAGCCAAGCUCUACCCCUUCAGCUCCCUCUUCACGCACCGUCGCCGCAAGGAUGAGGUGGAACUGAGUGGCUACCAGAGGGAGUAGUGCUGUCUAGACCUGACCCACUCCUUUUCCCAAGCUGGAGUCUUCCCCCACCAUCUUCAGUCCUCUCUGCUCACCCUCUAUAUUUCUUUCUUUUCCUUUCUUGUCUUGCAACUUUUAAACUUUUUCCAGUGUGUUACAUUUUGUAUAUUUUAAAACUUUAAUUUUCAAGCUUUCUUGAUCCUGUCUGUCUCCCUCCUUCAACCCUGUGCUUGCCAGGCUCCCCCGUGCCCCAGUGGAUGAAGCACAGUGCUGAGCAUGCAUCCAUGGGAAGGCUGUAUAGGAGUGAACCCCACCAGAGGCCCCAGCCUUAUGGUGAUGGGAAGGGUUUGGGUGAACCCCCUGAGGACUACACCCUUUCUCUCUCCUCUCCAGCGUAAGGCACGGGACGGCAGGUAUUUGCUGCCUGUAGUUCAGACGAACGCUGUGACUUCACCCUGCUCUCCGCAUAUCAUGUUGUAGAGGGGUCGGUGCAUCGAUGCACACAGCAAUAGAACGAUCAGCUACCUCACUGGCACAAGACAUAGCGUUGUGUGAGCAGCAGCUGAGACAGGUUUUGGUAGAGUCCAGCCUGUCACUGCCCCCGUUUGUCCACCUUUUUUUUUUUUUUCCCUGACAGGGAGUCAAGUAGAUUUAAUCAUCAGAUCAUUGAGAUGAUAGUAGCGUUGGUAAGUUUGUUGUUGUUGGGAUUGGAUUUUUUUGCGUGGGGUCACUGAAACUAAAUGGCCUUCUAUAAAUAUAAUUGAAGAUCAACAUGUGUGUUUCACUUCUAUAAAGGAAUGGGAUUUUUUUUAUUAGCAAAAAUACUGAUUUCUGACAAGGACAGAUGUUAGUGUUUCAUGUUAAUAGCAGUGUUGCGGUGCUGCUUCUGUUUCAGCUGCACAGUAUACAGACUCUUUGGGAAUUUUCUUUCACUUCCCUUUGUUUACGUGCCUCAGUCAAGCUCGUCUGGCAAGGUUCAUGCAGUGAACACGCGUUUCAUGUAAAAUUUGUGUUGGUUUGGGCAACUUGAGCAGCAGGAGGGGACAACAUCUUGUGGGUUUAGCUGCCUGUGGUUAUUUUGAAAUCAGAGGAAAAGACCCAGCAUUUGUCUCACCUGUGGUGCUGGCAUUAUUGCAAGAAACACUGGGUUUUCUUCUGCCAGACUUGAAAAGUUGUCUUCUGUUUUUCUCCUCAGAUCUGUUGCACUUCUUACUUCUCUCUCUUGGUAGUACCUCAGCUGACGGGAUUGAACAGAGGGCGUGUAGGGAGUGUGGCAGUGGGAUUACAAAUUGCCUUCCUUCAGCAAAUCUCCUUGCCAUCAUGCUCCUCAUACAGAUGCUUCAGACAGCACAGGUGGGAUUCACCCCUUCUUCAAGCGUCAGAAUGCACUGAUUCAAACACGGAUGGUAAAUGGUAAAGAAGUGGGGGGGAUGCUGAAUUAACAUUGCACACAUUUACGUCGUCUUUUUCUUCUUCUCAUUGUGAGCACAGUCAAAAGCAAAGAUGCUCUUUAUUUACUUGAAAAAGAUUUGUUGAACGUUUUCCCUGCCUCUGCCACCCGCAUACUUGUCACGGUCUUCCUGCUCCACCUUCUUUCUGUCUGGAGUUCAACCAGACUGAUGUCUGCCCUUUCUCUAUGAUCUAGAACCUUUUUUGGGCACUUUCUUUUCCAGUUGUGUGGCGAGCAUCAGUAGUGUGAAUAUGAGCUCAAAACCUUGCCUGGUUCUUGUUUUAAGUUAGUUUUCUGCUGCUUUAGUUGCUUCAGGUCAUGCCUUUGGUUGAGUCUUUGGUCUGCCAGGACGUGAUCCAGGUGUUCUCAGCAUGCAAAAGGAGUCGGAUGGCCCUAAGGCAGGAAAGGUGAAAGUCCAAAACCUUUACACCUUAAAGCAGGUUGUCAGAGCAAGCUCCCCUGCCCAGGGUGAUACGGAAGCUGUGAAACCUUGGAGAGUCAGGAAAGGGUGUAAGAGAAUUAAGGAUUUGAGCAUGUGGUGUAGUAGGUUGAACGUAGAGGUCACUUCUUCGAGCGCGCUCUCCUUUGAAUGGUGAAUUCCUUUGUAGUGUGUGACCUCUUCAAGAUUUCAAACUUAUUUUUGAACUGACGUGCAAAAGUGUAGUGACCAUAGUAGGACGCCUUUUUGAGGUCUCGUAGCCAAGAGUACUUUGCGUGGCUGCGGUAGGCGGAGAUUCCGCUUGGUUGUCAUUUCUUCCAAAUUCCCCUAUGACUGCUCUCUGAAUUGAAAUUUUGCCUGGUGUGUUAGAAUUAAUUGCUUAAAUGAAAGGUUCAUAAAGCAUCUAAUAGCAGUUUAAAAUCCAAUCACUUCUUGCACGUCUUUCCCGCAUAGAGAGAUACUGCGAUCCCACUAUUCCCGUGCUGGAUGUGCGUACGAAGGAGGACCUUGGUCUCCCUAUUGGUUUUGUGGGACAUUACUGUGCCUUCCCUUAUCCAGGGAAACAGGCGUUCAACCGAAGAAAGAGUUUUGUACGUGAUACUUAGGAUGUAUCUUAGAGCAGCCCUUCUGAUGAGAGUUUAUUGACCAUUUGUCGUCACUGGCCAGGCAUGAUACUUCUUCAGGGGAAAACAAAACGUACAGCUGAGGCGACCUAAAGUACUUAAUGCAGCUCCUGAAGAGAGGUUUUUAGCUCGAACUGUUCAGUUUCUCUGCAGAAUUAGAACUAGUUAAGACCAGUCUGGUAAGUUAGCAGCAUGCUGUCCUCUACCAGCCACUCGUUCCUGAAGUAUCAUUUCAGUUGCAUCCAGAUUACAUUCCUCCUGUGAUUAUUUUUUCUUUUCCCUGAUUUAUAGGUGCCUGUUAGUUCCUCAGACAACUUUUGAUAGGGGUGUCUCUUCCCACAGCAGUUAUGACAAUAAAAUUGUGUUUUAUGAGCUACUUUUGUCAUUAUGUCUGCUUAGGUUUAUUUUAUGUCUAGAUCUAUUGACUUUUCAGUACCAAAAAUAAGAGAGUAAAAAUAAUUUUCCAUCAUGCCAAUAGAUACAGCAACGCUUUCUCUAAUAUUACGUUUGCUGUUUGAGACGAAGAGCUAGGUGGUUUGAUAAUUGUCAGUCUUGCAGCUCAUUAACGCCUACUCUGGCUUUCCCUGCUAUGAAUUCCGAUUCUUGUUUUGUAUCUGAGCCUGUAGUCUUCGGCUGCUGUUCAAGCGUAGUCAAUUUAAUUUCUGGCAGCUAUUUUUAACCUUAUAACGUUAGAGCAUAGUUUGCUUUCACCAACUUGAAUACCUGUCAAGGGGACAAUUGGAUAGCAUGUUUUAAAAUAGUGCUAGAUACCGAGACCGAGGAAGCCUCUUGUUCUAGUGUCAUGUUUUCUUCCAGAGGUAUUAAACAGUGAUGUAAGACCUAAUCCCUUUAUCUGAUGACUAAAAGUAGAGCGCCUAAGAAAAGAACAGCAAAAUCGGUUGAAGAGUUACCACCUUUAGUACACCUUCAAAUUAGAAAAUUAAAAAUCGGAUUUUGGAAGCCGCUAUGACAAGAGUCAUAGCAUCUAAGAUGGUAAGUAAUGCGGACUAUAAAAUUAUACAUCAUGGUUCUCGUCCUUAAAACUGCCUUAAAAUGCUUUCUGCUGAGAAAGGCGGUUUGUUCUCAUCCUGCAUGGUAAGACUAUGAACCUUGGAUGGGAAAUACUAAAAUAGCGACAGUAUAGUAAUGGCCUCAUUCUGUGCUGGAGCAGCAGCAGCAGGUCUGCCCUGUGCACCUCGUGCGUAGCAGCUGCAGGGGUGUGAUCAGUUCUCUGAGUUUUGCUGUCCAAAAUGGGAACAGUCCUGUAGAUUUUGCUCGUGCAGGCAACUUUGUGAGAGAAACACUUGAAGGAAAGCUAACUGGAGUUUGGUAUGAGAAAAUAAUUUGUCUUUUUGGCUAAAAUAUUAUAGGUUGAGCAUAAGCCAUUUUAGAAUAAACUUACUACCCAUCAGUGAUAAAUGUUAAGGAAAGCGUGGCCUGUGGGGAGACAUGCCACGGCGGGUGGCAUGCACUUGGCACGUGUAGGCUUGGAAGUCAACGUCUGAGUGGGUUUGCUGGCGUGGCGGUGGUGAAUCCAUCUAAACGUACAGAAUUCCUGUACGCUGGGAAGGGCUUGCUUGCCCACGUGUCCUCUGUAGUGUGGGGAACCUGUGCAGCAGCCUCGUCCGUGAAAUGAUUUCUCCAGAGGUAUUUACGUUGUCUUAUUCUUGUUGCAUCCUUUCCGAAGUUCUCAUGUUUUUUGUAAGGUCUUGAGUGAGUACUGAAAGGCUUGAGUAAAAAUAGAAUUACAGAAAAGGGGCUUUAUUGUUCAUAUUUAACGAUCUGAGGAUAAAAUCAAAGCAGUCUAUUUAGGAACAACGUUUUCUGUUUCAGGAGGGUGUGUUACAGUGAUUUUUCACAUCUGUCUUUUCCAGAGUUAGUUUUUUCUUGUUUUCUCUGUGCUGACUGCGGUGUCCAGAUUUCAUGUGCCUUGUUGGACAGUUUCUUCUUACUGUGGCAAGGAGGGGAGGCUACGUGAAACUCGCACUGCAUCUCCAAGUCUUGGUGUAAGCCUGGAUUCCUCCUUUCUGCUGUUGCAUUCAAGCUGCCACCGAUCCUGUUGCUUUUCCUGCAGCACCUCCAGCCUGUGCUGCUGUAGGACCUCUCAUGCACAAGGUUCCUCUCUUGGUUCCAGCAAGUGCUUCAUCGUCUGGGCCAGGUUGGCUCUAGAGCUGUCUCUGCAUUGAUUUAAGCUCUUCAACUUUUAGUUAGUGCGGAUACCAACGUCUGAAGCCUUGGGCGGGUUUGUGGCGGCUGUAUAUUCCAUCGUUUAACCCUCCCUCGCCCCGUGCUGGGUUUUCCCACUCUCCUUAACACUUCCCAAUCUCCUUCCUCAGGCAGCUGAGCACAUUAGUUCCUUUUGCCCAUCAGAGAGCAAGGCACGGCAAAAUAAAAACAGGCAAGGGGAUGGCAGAGCGGCUGAGCUGGAAGAAGAGGCAUGAUAGCAGUUUGAUCCUUUGCCCAUUACUCAAGCACUUAGGUGCCCAGCCUUGGAGAGAUGAUCAGCCCUGAGUCCCAGCUCAGGCAGCUUCUUCCUCUGCAGCCUUAGUGCUGGACACGCGCUGAGUGAUAGCCACGGCUCUGGGCAGAAUCGGGACAGCGUUAGAGGAUGCGAGAGCGGCGGUGGCACUCGUCUUCCAGCUUACGUUUCCCUCUAUCAUUUCUUGUUCCGAUGAGGGAAACCGUGCCGCAUGGAAGAGGUGGGGAGCAUGCGCACCAGAUUGCUCGAAACACUUGUCUGUCUCUGGCAUGUUCUUGCAAGCGGUGUCUGACUGUAAAGGUGCAGCACUGACAUCAGCGUGCGGGGGCCAACCUUGUCCUUCCAGCACACCUUAACCAAAAUGGUUACAUUUGGGGAAGAAAUCUAUAAACAAGGUAGUUUCCAUGUUGGGGGGCGGGGGGUAGUUGCUUGCAAGGACAGAAGUUGUUCUUAUUUCAAACAGAACGCUGAGCUGCUGAUAACGUCCAGCAAAAUGUUCACAACCUUCAGAUUUGUCUUCCCAAAUGAUCUUAUUAUAAUACUUGGUCAGGUUCAUUUCUGCCUAUUUUGGGAUGCUUUUCUCUUUUAAACUACAUUUUCCUUAACUGAUUGUUUGGAUUUUUAUUUUAAAAAAAACCCCAUUCAGUCAGGGAACAGGACUUGGGGAAGGAGGGGUUCAUGUCAUCAGGUGACUUCAAGCCGUCUUUAAAAAGCAUUUGAAAAUUUUCUUUGCACUUUAAACUUUCCUUAAGCAUUAUGAUUGUAGCGUGCUUGUAGCGCUCGGCAAGAGUAGUUUUUGCAUUUGAGGGAGGGGAAAAAGCCUUUGAAUAUUUGCAAAUGCCAUUAAGCUUUAGGUGAGGUAGUUGGGCGCUGAUUGUGCCUGCCAUUUGAUUCUCUUCCUGGAGAGCUGUGUGCUGAGCGUACAGAGCAGAGACGAACGUCGGCAGAUAUUUUUGAGCAGGCACUGGGGGUGGUGGGAGCUGCUGUUGCAGUAUGCUGCUGGGCUGAGGCUGGGAUUUGUAUUGAACUAAACUAAAGGAGCUGCGAGCCCCCGUGCCUGUACAGCUGCCUGCUGACACGUUGCCUUUCCCCCCCACCCCAGAAAUGGAUUUAUUCACUGUAUCACUCAUGCUGUAAUGGGUUUUCUUCUAAAGAAAGAAGCCUGUGCUGGUGUAGAGUACUCUGUGAGUGUCCCGCUGCAUUAAAGGAAACAAAAUUCUUUGCUUGAACGCUUCCCUGCUGUACCAGCUGACGUUUGCAGGCAGGAGUCAGGACAGACAGGAGCGGAGGGGAUCUUCUGCUGCCCGUAAUGUUUGUUGAGCUGGUUCUGAGACUUCUCAUCUCCCAUUUGUCUCAAAGCUCUGCUGGGUUCCCGCUGUCUGGCUGGCUUCUGAGUUACAGCACAAAACAAAGCGCUGCUUUGCAGGUAUGACACGCUGCACUGAUUUACUUUGUCCAGAGAUACCGCCUGUUCGGAGUAAGGUAUCUCUGUGAAGAGGAGUGGUAAAUUAUAAUGGAAGAGGCACCAGGGAAGGGUGUUCACAUUAAUGUUUAUUGAUUUGUCAGUGCUGGUAAGAGCCGAUCUUCCCGCCUGGAUGCUUGACACUUGCUACAAGCAGAGCAGAUACUUGGGAGUUGUCAGCCGUCCCCAGCCUGAUCCCUUUUGUGUGUACGGAGAAAAGUCCUGCGCCGUCACCUUUCACCGUGGCACCGCUGAGAUUUCUUCCAUGCUACAAAUACUUUUCCCUAUUUUUCCCAUGGUGGAACAGGUUUCACUUACACCCCUCUUCCAGUAUAACCAGAGGCAGACUGAUGUCCCUGAAGUCCUUGACGGGUUCUCCUGCAUCUCGUGGUCGGGCUUGCGGCAGGACGCGUCCCUGCUCAUACGUGCUUCCGCCAGAGAAGCAACCCAAACCGCGCUUGGGGGAAAGGAGCGCGCCUGCGCUGUGAGUGCAGUUGUUUGCAGACCUCCUGCCAGGCACCUGGGUGGUGGUGAGGUUUCCUGCAUCUUCGGGAAGAGUUGGGGAAAACCCUUUUCGGUCCGGAUCAACUCCUUGCUGCUGCUCCUGAGGCAACGUGCUUUCUUUCUGCCACUUUCUGCUCUGUUCCCAGCUGUGCAAGCGUGACGGCUCCCGCCGUCACCGGCUUUACAGGACACUUGAGCUGUGUGGGAGAAGGGCUCCCCGCUUCUUGGACGGGUACCCGGUGCAGGUCUCCGAGCAGAGACUGGAGACUGCUGUCUUGUGAACUGCACCGGUACGUCCCUUCUCCACCGUUGCUUCUGGUUAUCAGGUACACCAAUUUACUUGAUAAAAGCCCCUUCGGGCUUUUAUCGAUCUCCUGAGACCAGAUUUUAAAGGGCUGGGAAGACUUCUGAAGGGUGCUACUGCCAAAAUUUCAAGAACAACUAAAGUUUGAAGUUGUGAAAACAUUUUUCUAGUGCCUUACGCUUGUGAAUGUUGUGCAAUGGAUGUAGCUGAGGUGGGACGGAGCAAGGAGCGACUUCGGUAGCGUGGUUCCCUGUCCACUACAGCCAUCUCCCUCUCCCCUCGCGGCGUCGUGGCAAGCAGACGCCAACAGAUCGUCUCUAGCAGGUCGAGGAUGAUGCUUUUUUUAAUCCCUUUGAGCCCUGGCGUUGUAGAAAUGUUUAAAACCUCGCGCCGGCUGGUCUGCCUUUGAGAGGAGCGGUGGUCUUGCCUCUGCUGGCUUUGGAUUCAGAGGGGUUUAGGAGAGACAAAGCUGCUCUGAUUGCUGGACCCUGUGGUGGAGGACGUGGACCGUUUUUCCCAAGCGCACAAGUCAGGGUGAGUUUGCUGCUCUCCACUGAGGUCAUGUUGUUACAUAUGCUCUAUUUAUAUCAUGCUUUAUUUCAUCCAAUAUUUUGGUUGGUUUAAAUGUUGCUAGAUUUGUAUAUUAAUAAAGAGGCGUUUUAACUA